ACCAUAACGUUGUUUGCGAUCCGCCGUUAAACGAAAGAAGAAGAGCGGCCACAAUGAAUUAUUAGCUUACUGAGCAAACGACAAGCUAGUCGAAGUUGGGGCAGCACAUUUUGUCAAAUUAGAGGUACAAGGAAGAAGAACCAGUACAGCUACAGCCCCCGACGACGUGUUUGAUGUAGGUAGGUUGAUAAGUCUGAUUCAUAAGAACCUUAAGAAACAGCACAGUUGAAGGCGCUGUGCCAUCACAUUUAACAUGCUAGCACGUCGCUAACAGCUAACGAUACCCGCUGCCUGCUUAUACAUCUGGAUGGUGGCUACUCACAUUGGUAAUAGCAUAAUCAGUAUCAUCUGACUUCGGUGGUAAACAUAGUUGCCUAAGGCUGGUUAGCUUCGCUUAUUAGCAUUCUAACUAGUUUUUCCACAAUUGCUAAAACACAUUUCUUGAAAUUUCCACCAGUUUUCUCAAGUCCUUAAACACAAAUAAAAAAAUUCAAACUACAAUUAAUAAAUCCAGGACUUUUGCAAUUAGCCAUUAUUAUCGGCCGUGCCAAUUAUUGAUCAACCCUUAACGGUGGAUGUCAGAAAGUGUGUUUUAGCAAUUGAGAAAUACUGUAAAUGAGAAGCACAUUACAGUCUAAACCACAAUAUUAAACUCAAGUGCAUACAGUAUGUACAGUCAUUCAGCCACAGCAUCAUGUCAUUAUGUUAGGCCACAUUCUCCCUGGCCAGGUAACGGGGGACAAAACCCCUCUGAACUGACCUGUAUUGGUUUCCUCACAUCAUUCGCCACAAGUGAGGGAUCAGUUUUGAGUUGUUGUGUCUAAGUCGUGACACCUGUGCUUUAAAUGUGUUUAACUUUUGCUGCCUGUGCUUACCACUAUGCGACAGAAGUGCAUCACCGUGCAAAACGUGUUUUAGUGAGUGACAAUAUGUUUGCAAGUUGUGUCCAACCAGGUGAAUGGUGGUUAUGGUUUUGCCAAAAGAGUGACUGAUUCAAUGAAAGGGUUCAGGCCAUUGAGCCUUUAGUUCAGGGUUUAGUGUUUUAGAAAUUUAGAAAUAUUGUAAUAUUACACUGCAGUGUAUAUAAUGUUGAACAUGAUCCUUAAAAGCAGAUGACAUCUAGGCAUAAAUGGGGAAUUAAUGUUACACCAUGUAAGACUUAGCAAGAAAUUACCAAAUCAGUCAUAUUCCACACUGCUUGUAAGUUACAUCAAGCCCGUUCAGUUUACUAAUACUUUUUUUAUGUUGAUGCUCAUCAGAAUGAUGUCAAGAGAUCUUGUAAAAAAAUGUUUUACCUGUCAGAUGCUGAGGGUCUUCUUCCAGGAUGUAUGCUGUGUACAGACAAGCGCACACACCUACUGCUGUGGAGUUUUCUGCUUAUUGCAACUUCAUAUCAAGCAAGGAGAAGAAUUUGGUUGUUGCCGGAACAUCUCAACUGUUUGUCUAUCGGAUUAUCCAUGAUGUGGAGGUGACUACAAACUGCCCCACUGACUAAUUCAUAGUGACAUGUUUUGAGCCACCUAUAUCAGAAGCUUGUUUGACAUUCCUGUUAUUGUUUCAGAGUACAUCAAAAGCCGACAAGUCAUCAGGUAUGUUCAAUAUUUAUGUUGAUAAGUUACAUACUGAAUAUGCAGAAUUUAUUCCUAUGCUACAGUUGAAUCAUUGUUACAUAUAUGAUUGGAUUCAUUGACAAACCUCAAACCUUCUUGUAGAUUCUAAAUCACGCAAGGAGAAGCUGGAGCAAGUGGCCUGCUUUUCUCUCUUUGGCAAUGUGAUGUCCAUGGCCAGUGUGCAGCUUGUAGGAGCCAGCACAGAUGCUCUCCUUCUCAGUUUCAAAGAUGCCAAGGUCUCAGUCUAAGCUGUGCACUAACUGACUAUUUUCUUACUGCCAAACUUGUGAGCUGUUGAUUGAAAUCUGGAAUUUUUUUUUUUGUGCUUCUGAUAGUUAUCUGUUGUCGAAUAUGACCCAGGGACACAUGACCUCAAGACGCUGUCUCUUCAUUACUUUGAAGAGCCAGAGCUCAGAGUGUGUAUAUUUGUAUAUUUUUAUAUAUAUAUAUAUAUAAAAGUGUGUGUGUGUGUGUGUAUAACGUAUAUGUGGUAGCAGCUUUUCUAUCCAAACUGGAGUAAAUAUUUUCAAGUAAUUGUUCACUGCUUGUUGUUUGACUUUUAGGAUGGCUUUGUACAGAAUGUACACAUUCCACUUGUGCGCGUUGAUCCAGAAAACCGCUGUGCUGUAAUGCUCGUUUAUGGCACGAAGCUUGUGGUGUUGCCGUUCAGGAAAGACACCUUAACUGAUGAACAGGAGGGAGGGGUAGGAGAAGGGUAUGUUUUCAGUUCACUACACAAUUCAGCUUAAUCAUUUACAUAAUGUAUUUGUCAUACUAGAAAAUGCUUCCACGUUAAUUCCUCAAUCAGAUGCACUAGUAACCUAAUUGUGGUGUUGUCAGUAAGUUGUCAAUUGCCAGGGUGUGAUGUUGUAAUAGCUUAAGUCAAUGAAAAUAUCUGCCUAUGUGCCUAUCACAAAGAUUUCCAUAUCAGUGUAUAUGUCUGUUUUCAUAGAUGCAAAACUUUUGGAUGAGACUAUAAUUGGAGUAAUUUAGAAAUGAUGCUUCCAUGUAAUUUUCUGGACGUACUGCAUUGUUUAAAAAUAGAUAAUCCUUGUGAAGUCAUGCCUGAAUUAUGUGGGAACAUCAUCUGACAUGUUUUCGUUUUAUAAAUGAAAUGAAAUCAACAGAUAUGCACAUUUUUUAGUGGUUUCUUCAGGUUGACGUUUUUCAGCAACAGUCUUUUUCUUGGUUGUUGGAAGGCAGACGAUGGAAAACGUACUGAGGGUCACAGAAACACUCUCUCUUUGUUUUGGGUACAUGCUCAAAGCACUGCUCAUGAAGGCAUAAUUCAACUUGUCUGGUUGUUAGUACAACCUUGGACAGUGCAAAACAUACUAGAACUGCCCAAAGACAUUUUCAGAUACAACCAUGUAACACUCAAUAAAAACCCAGCAUACAUUAAAAACAAUGCAAUUUGAAGUAUUUUAGACUCGAAACAACUUUUGUUGAUGCUCAGUUAAUAAGAUUGGGCACUACAAAUAACCAACUUAGUUUUGUUUCUCUUGAAUUAGUGGCAGUUUCACCUAUAAUCAUAAAUAUAGUAGUGACCUCAGGAACUAGUUGGAAAGGAUCAUUCAGUGUCUUCUUAUCUACAGACCGAAAUCCAGCUUCCUGCCCAGUUACAUUAUUGAUGUCCGUGAGCUGGAUGAAAAGUUGCUCAACAUAAUUGACAUGAAGUUCCUUCAUGGCUACUACGAGCCGACAUUGCUCAUUCUGUUUGAGCCCAACCAGACAUGGCCAGGGUAAGUUCACAAAUUAUCAGCCAUAUCAACAACUUUUGUUUUUAAAAGAACAGCAAAUAAAACAAAGUUUAUACUAAAAGUCAUGGAAUUGUUUGCUUUGUAUGGACAUGACUUUAUGACUACACUCAAAUACCUGUUUUUGGAUUCCACUUGCAGGCGUGUGGCUGUGCGCCAGGACACGUGCAGUAUAGUUGCCAUCUCUCUCAAUAUCAUGCAGAAGGUUCAUCCUGUUAUCUGGUCUCUCAGUAAUCUGCCUUUUGACUGUACGCAAGUCAUGGCUGUUCCAAAGCCGAUUGGUGAGCUCAUCGAAUCGUCUUUUUUUGGCACAACUCAAAAGCAAUGUGAUUGCAAGGUUACCAGCUCAAAGUAAUUUCUGUUGCAGAUGUUAAGUUGCAUUAAAUCUUUCAGGUGGUGUUGUGGUAUUUGCCAUGAAUUCACUGCUGUAUCUCAACCAGAGUGUUCCACCAUACGGAGUGUCUCUUAAUUCCAUGACAGUUGGCACCACAGCAUUCCCUCUGCGUAUGUAUAAUAGUUCUAUGAAUGCAUUCCCAUACUUGUGUUCUUGAAAUGGACUUUUAUGUAUUUCAUGAUCCCCCCUUCACGAGAUUCUACUUCUGGUUCACUAGGUGUACAGGAGGAAGUGAAGAUCACACUGGACUGUGCCCAGUCUGACUUCAUUGCCUAUGACAAGAUGGUUAUCUCUUUGAAAGGAGGAGAAAUGUGAGUCACUGCAAUCAUAAGAAGAACUGAUUGUAAAAAAAAAAUAGCAGUUAUUCAUCAGUCUUCACUAACUCUUGUUGCCCUACAGUUAUGUGUUAACCCUUAUCACUGAUGGCAUGAGGAGUGUCCGGGCUUUCCAUUUUGACAAAGCAGCUGCCAGUGUCCUGACAACUUGUGUAAGUUCUGCCUGGAAGUGUGGAAUACAUCAAUAUGAUGAGAAAGGAAUGAAGUUUCUUUCUUUAGCACUUAUUUUCUUUGUGUUUCUGUUAAUAGUUGAUAAACACAAAGGCCUGGAGUGAUUAAGUUUUGACUCGAAGGUUUUAAAAGUUAAUACCAGAAGUGAAAACAUCUGGGUUUAAAUCAGCUCAAUGGAAUACAAAUGAUCAAUAUAUGAAAAAGGAAAAUAAAACUUAAUGGAAAGAAUCUUUGAAUUUGAAUUCUAGGACUGCUCCUUAAAAGAUGAUUCAAUUCUUGGGAUGAGAGACACAGGGUAAUAUGUAUGUCAAAUAUCUGAGUAUGCAGAUUAGCUGGAAAUUUUAGAUCAGUUCUUGAUGUCCCUUUCUCUGUAAACCAAUUGCCACCAAAAUAAAAACUAGUACAACCCAAGAGAAAGCAGGGUUGCAAAAACACACUUUUUGAGUAGAUAUAGGAGGUCUGAAGGGGGCUGUAGGAUAAAAUGCAGCAGCCUUAUGUGUUUUACUUGUUUGGGGUAAAAAAAUACUUCAUUUAACAAAAUUAUAUCUGGGGCCAAUUUAAAAUACACUCCCCCUCUUCAAAAAUCAACAAAUCUCUUAAUUAAAUCUGGAAUAACACCGAAUGCACUAUACAGUGAAGAGUCUUUCAUUUUAUUCAAAGUGUUAGUCUAGUUAUCUGUGAAAGUUCUAGUAAAGAUGCUCCUCAGCUUUUUCGUUAUUGAACCAACAUACAGCGCUGUCAGAGAAUAUUCACAGCACCACACCUUUUUCACAUUUUUUAUGUUACAGCCUUAUUCCACAAAAUGGAUUAAAUUCAUAUUUCACUUCAAAAUUCGACACACAAUUACCGAUAAUGACAAAGGGGGAAAGUUUGUUUGGAACUUUACUAAAAAUAAAAAACAAAAUAUAACAUGGACCUAAGUAUUCACAGCAUUUGCUCAGUACUUUGUAGAUGCACUUUUGGCAGCAAAAACAGCCUCAAGUCUUUUUGAGUAUGAUGCUACAAGCUCAGCACACCUACUUUGGGCAGGUUUUCCCAUUCUUCUUUGCAGAACCUCUCAAGCUUCAACAAGUUGGAUGGGUGCAUUGGUGAACAGCCAUUUUCAGAUCUCUCCAGAGAUGUUCAAUUUCGGUUCAAGUCUGGACUCUGGUUGGGCCACUCAAAGACAUCCACAGAGUUAGUCCUAAAGCCACUGCUGUGUUAUUUUGGCUGUGUGAUUGUCCUGUUGAAAGAUGAAUCUUAACCCAGUCCAGGUCCAGAGCACUCUGGAGUAGAUUAUCAUCAAGGAUAUCUCUGUACUUUGCUGCAUUUAGCUUUCCCACCACCCUGACUUAUCUCCCUGUUGCUACUGCUGAAAAACAUCUGCACACCAUGAUGCUGCCACCACCAUGCUUCAAUGUAGGGAUGGUAUUGGAAAGGUGAUGAGCGGUGCGUGGUUUCCUCCGGACAUGACGCUUGGCAUCCAGGCCAAAUAGUUCAAUUUUAGUUUCAUCAGACCAGAGAAUUUUGUUUCCUGUGUCUGAGAGUCCUUCAGGUGCCUUUUGGUUCGGACCUUAUAUAGACAGGUGCGUGCCUUUUCAAAUCACGUCCAAUCAACUGAAUUUACCACAGGUAGACUCCAGUCAAGUUGUGGAAACAUCUAAAGCAUGAUGAGUGGAAACAGGAUGCACUUAAGCUCAGUUUUGAGUGUCAUAGCAAACGCUGUGAAUACUCAUAUUCAUGUUAUACUUUUGUUUUUAUUUUUAAUAAAGUUUAGAACUUUUUUCACUUUGUCAUUAAGGGUAAUAGUAUCAAAUUUUGAGGUAAAAAUGAAUUUCAUCCAUUUUGGAAUAAGGCUGUAAUACAAGAAAAUUUGAAAAGUGUGGUGUUGUGAAUACUCUCCGGAUGCACUGUAGAUGGCAAAUGAGGGCUACUGGCAAUUACAAAAACGUACAAUUGUUUAAUAUGAAAAAGUCAUAUGAAAGUUGGAAAAACAAGGUAGAAAUUUGGCAGCUAACUACCAGAGAAAAGGGGAAAAACAUUAGCAGUUGCCCUGUUGCCAGUAGUAUGUACAAGUUUGGUUGAAUGAUUAAACUUUUGUCAAAGUAGGGCUUUUUAUUCCAAAGAGUAAAGGAAAAAGCACUGUAUAUUAAAUGUAUAGUUAUCUUUGUAGUUAUUGAACUCGCCAUCACACAGAACAUAAUCCAAAGUGAUGGUUAUGUGGAACGUGAAACACUUGAAUAGUUGUCUAAAUGGGAUUGUUGCAAAAUUUGAUAACAGAAUUCUAGUAAUACAGCCCAGCUUCCACCUCAACACUUGGUUCCUGUUAAUUUUAAGCUCCAUCCACCCUACCUUGUCCCCAAAAUGGACAUGCAAAUAAGUGUUCAUAAAAGAAUCUUUUUUUUUACCGUUUUAUUAUUAUUAUUUUUUUAUUUAUUUAUUUAUUUAUUUAUUUAUUUUUUACCUUUUUCGACUCAUAUCUCUUAAACGACCUCGGUCCUGACCAUGAAUAAAAAAACUCACCCUUUUUAUGCUAGUUAUUGUUUUCAUGCUAAAUACUGUUUUUUUUUUAAUGGUAAGAAAUACUAGAUCCCCAUAUUUCCCAUAUAAAAUUACCUAGAUGGAAAAUAUAUAUAUAUAUAAAUAGAGUCUGGGUUAUGUCAAUGAUAAGUAAAAUCAAUUUUGGUGCAUUUAAAUUAUUUUUGUUAUGCCAAUUUCCAUAUUUUAAGCCCCAUCCAGCCUACUUUGUAAAACGGACAUGGAGAUAAGUGUUCAUAAAAUAUUAGUUUUUGAACUUUUUUGACAUAAAUCUCUUAAACAACUUCAGCCCUAACCAUUAAAAAAGUAAUGAAUAAAAAAUUUGAUGUAUCACACUUUUUAUACCAGUUAUUGUGCACCAUAUCAUAAACGUUUGAUUCAUUGAGAAAGGUGUGCGUUCUAAACAGGUGUGUCUGUUGAAGCAGAAAAACAAGCCAGUUUUAUCCUCUUUUCUUGAGCCGCGUCCUCUACCAAAUCAUUUGUUCAUAUUAAAUUAAUUUUAUAGCGCUUAUCCACCUCUAACUAAAAUAUGACCGUGAUCACGCUAAUUACGAGCAUGUAAAAAAUUUUUGCAUAUUUGAGAUGUGAUAUAUUCUCACCUAAUGAUCUGAAGGACCUGUGCAUCCUCAUGCAUGUCCAUCCACUUGCUCUGAAGUGAGGGCAAAGUUGAAACUCUCUUUCUCUCACACUACAGAACUUGGAGGUUGCAUUUUCGACCAUAAAAACUCCGCUCAAGGCAUGCCCGGUUACGAACAUGGACGCAGAUUUGCACCGGUGCAUACACGCAGAUGCAUGCAAACUUUUCCUUACACAUGUAGCCCACUCUUAGACAUCCAUAUCUAGUGGCACAUAAAGUUUCAUUCAAUUCGGAUGAUGUUCAGUAGAUGAAAUAGCCAUUCAAACAUGCUGAUUCAAUGAAUUAAGGCCUUUGUGCACAGCAAAAAAAUUUUAAAAAUUUUAGAGCCCUGGUGAUCUAGUGACAGGAAAAAAAAGGUUGCAAUAUGUUGUUAUGGUGCCAUAAACCCACGGUCAAAGAAAGUGUUUAUAAAUGGAAGUCUAUUGUCCGUUUUGCAGACAAAGUAGGAUGGAUGGAGCUAAAAUGCGCAACAGUUCUUCAGGCGAAAGUAUAUAUAUAUUUUUUUAAUAUGAAGAAAAAUAAGAACUGUCACCAAAUUCGAUGCCCCAAUCUUUAAAACAUUAAAAAAAAUUUAUAACAGUAAAAAAAUAAAAUCCCUCGAUCUUUGGGCUUUUUCCCCCCAGAUGGUGACCAUGGAUCCUGGUUACCUUUUCCUAGGUUCACGUCUAGGAAAUUCACUGCUUUUGAAGUACACAGAGAAACUUCAGGAGACGCCACUGGAUGAAGGCAAAGAGAAGAUGGAAAAAGACAAAGAAAAGGAUAAAGAUAAACAGGUGGAAAUGGAACUUUGUAAAAAUUAGUUUUUAUUUUAAUGUCUUGUUGGGAAGUGCUAUCAAGAUAUGGACUUUUUGUGUGAUUGAGUAUUUGUAACAGUUGGUUGAUUGAAAUGUUCUGGAUCUUUCAAUGCAAACUGCUAACAGCCAUUUGGAUGAUUCUUGUUUAAUUUGACUCCGCGUCUCCAAAAUACUCUAAGUUACAUCACAGUUGACUCUGUUAUAAUAAUUCUAGGAAGAACCACCAAGCAAAAAGAAACGCAUGGAAUCAUCCACCAACUGGACAGGUACUCUUAUGAAUAACAUUUUUAUCUACCAAAAACGACUGUAAUAUCUGCCAAGUCAUGUUUCACUCAUUUUUUUUUCAGAUGAAGUUGAUGAGAUAGAAGUCUAUGGAAGUGAGGCCCAGUCAGGCACUCAGCUAGCCACCUACUCCUUUGAGGUACAAAAAUAAUCCCAAAAGCCCACUAGCUUUUUACAGUUUUUGUAGAAGUUGACUGAGAGUUGUUUUCUGUUUCUGAUACAGGUGUGUGAUAGCAUUCUGAACAUCGGACCUUGUGCAAAUGCAUCCAUGGGUGAACCUGCCUUCUUGUCUGAAGAGGUACACACAUACUCUUUGUAGUGUAGACUUUUUCCUGUGGAAGAAAUUUUCACACACUUUUUGUGAAAGAUUUUGAGUUUUCUGACUUUGUUUUCUGUUAACCCACAGUUCCAGAGCAACCCUGAACCUGACCUGGAGGUAGUUGUGUGUUCUGGCUUUGGCAAGAACGGUGCACUGUCUGUGCUGCAGGUAAAUCCCCUCACUACUGUUAUGUGUUGUUUUAAUGUUUGUGUUCCUGGUUAACAGAAGCCCAGGCCAGCAAUUGAAAGAAAAAUUCAGUCCAAAUUUGAUUAAAAAUCUUUGGUCUUUAUUACUUUAGAAGUAAUUCAUUAAAAAAACUUUUGCUAACUACACUUUUUCAGUCUUUUUCCAACCUUUGUUUAAGUCAUAAUGGGAGGAAAACAAUUAAAAUCAGAAGUAGAAAAAAGAUAAGUAGAAUGUUUUCUCACUUGACUCCUUGGACUUCUGCAUGGUCAGUAACACACAUGAUUAAUCUUACUGCACCUUUCAAAAACUUGUGGUCGUGAGGGCCGUCUGCCACAGGUCCAGUCAUGGUGCCAUAGUAAAGUCUGGGUCUACCACGGCUGCCUCAGAAGUUGAUGGAGUAGCCUGUAAACGCUCCAGAUACAAUCUGCAUAUAUAUGUGUGUGUGUGUAUCAAUAACCAUAAGUGUAUAUAUAUAUAUAUAUAUGUGUGUAUAUGUAUAUAUAUACAUGUAUGAAAAACACACACACAGACAAUCACAAGUGUGGAAAUCCAGGAAACCGUAUGCGGUUUAUGCCUUUGACUUACUUUGAUUGAUUUUCAUUCUAUUCUCAGAGAAGCAUCCGACCUCAAGUUGUCACUACAUUUGAGUUGCCAGGUUGCCAUGACAUGUGGACAGUCAUCUCAAGUGAAGUAAAAGAAGACAAAAAAGUAUACUUUAUGACUGCUUAAUAAUUGAAGGUCAUGUCAUUGAAGUUUAUUUUUUCUGCAUUGUUGUUAGUAACUAAAACACCAUUUAUUGUAAGUUUUUUUGUAUUGUUCAGUCUGUAAAAAGCACUGAUUCAGAAGAUGGGGCAGAAACAGAGACAUGUGAGGAACAAGAAGAGGGAGAAAAAGACAAAGAAGAAAAGGAAGAAGAGCUGGAGAAGACAGAGGCUUCCUUUGAGGAUGAUACAAAGAAGCACGGCUUUCUUAUUCUGAGCCGAGAAGAUUCAACCAUGGUAAAACUCCAUUUCAUAUCAGAGCAUAUCUAACAUUCAAAGACAUAUCUCACAUAUCAUUCAGUUGAUAGUUAGAACUUUGUGUAUUUUUUUUAGAUCCUCCAAACAGGUCAGGAAAUCAUGGAGCUGGACACUAGUGGCUUUGCUACUCAGGGACCCACUGUGUUUGCUGGAAACAUCGGCAGUAACAAGUACAUCAUACAGGUCUCACCCAUGGGUAUUCGGCUGCUAGAAGGAGGUAAAUUAGAAAAAAAAAAGUCAUUUAAGCUGCAGAGAGUAGCAAAAAAACAUUCCAGUACUCUCACUCUGUGACCUUUUUUUUUUCUUCUUUUUUUAAAAUUAUUUUUUAAUUAUUUUUUUUGCAUGUCCUGUUGCCUAAAAGCCUUUUAGGUACAAAAACUUCAAGAAUCAUCAAACGAAAGUUAAGAUGAGUUGUACCAGGUGCAGUGUUGCCUUUUGGGGAAAAGGAUCCUGAUCAAAGUAGUGGAUAUCUAUUAGGUGGAAGUAAAAUUCAGACAGAUGAUUUAUUCCUGCUGUUGGAAAAACGAGCAGCUUUAGUGAUUGAAUGCCUGGGCCAAAUACAUUACAUUUCAGGCAUUACUUGCCAUAUUGUGGUGUCCAGUCAAACAGAUCUACUGGUCGAUAUGAUUUAGGACUACAUUAAAAAAGUUAUUUUUUAUAUUAAAUUUGAGGUAUUGGACACAAUUCCAACCUGUUACUCUGACCUGUUUUUUUUUCUGACAUUCUGCUUUCAGUGACACAACUCCAUUUUAUCCCUGUGGACCUGGGCUCUCCUAUAGUGCACUGCUCUGUGGCAGACCCUUAUGUGGUCAUCAUGACUGCAGAGGGAAUGGUCACUAUGUUUGUGCUGAAGACUGACUCGUACAUGGGAAAGACACAUCGCCUGGCCCUGCAGAAGCCACACAUCCCCACUGUAAGUAAACCAUGCUUAUCAUACUUUCUCUUUAACAAACAUGCCUACAACUUGAAAUGAGCCCUUCUGGUCUACUAUCUAAGCAGUGCCACUUCUGCAUCUGGGUGCCGUGGUAAAGAUGAAGAGGCACCAUAAAUAUUCACGUUCACAUUAAGCAUACGUUUUAAAGGUGGGGUAGGCAGGAUUUCAUGAAAGAAGCAUCUUUUUUGUGGUGUAUAUACAAAAAAGCUUUUAUCAUCAGUCAGUAGUUAUUAGUUAUUGAUGACAUUUGGUAAUAAAAUGAUAUCACUGUGUUUUGUUAUGUCUGUGUAGUCAACAUUUUAAAUUUUUUGAGCAGCCCGCUCUUUCUGACUGUAAACAAAGCCAUUCUCUGCCUCCCCCAACCUGAUUGGUUGUGAGGCGGACGUUGCCCCUUAGUGCUGAUUGGUUGUGAGGCAGACGCUGCUACCCCAUGUUGUGCUCCAGUCCUCGAAUGAUAAUGUUCACCAGCCCAAACAAAGUGAGCGUGCUACAGUAUCGGACAGUAGAAAUGAAACCAGAAAGUACGGAAAAUUGUCUGAAUCCUCCUUUGGCCACGACUGCAAACACAAGCAAGAAAAAGAAGUAAAUACCAGAGACUCUGGAGGAAUAACGGGCACUUAAAAUGGAGGUAGAACGGACAAGAGCUAAAAAGCCGGGUCAACAUAAAUGAAGCAUAAAGGCUUUUUGCUGGACAGGUAAACCGCUUUAACAAAGUAAGCUAAGUGUAACAGAAGUGUUUCUUGUCAAAUGGGACCUGCUGUGUGUUGUAGCGCCGCUAAACUGUUGACCUGGACUAUAUCACUUUAUGCUAGUUGUAGAAGUCCUGCCAACAUUGUGUUUGCUGGUAGUCUGUUGGCAUCUACAGUAGCACCGAUGCUUUUUACUUUCACGUUGACUGGGCCCCAUUUGUAAUUAUCUGAAGUAUUUAUCUGCAUUAUAUCUGAAUUUAAUUGAAACGAUACGAGCGAGCAGGAGCGUCUGUUUGUGGGCGGGGCUUGCUGGAGCAGAGAGGGAGGGGAGAGGAGGAGCUGAGGGGAAAACUGGUUGGGAGAGGUAGAGUUUACAUUCAAGAUUUCUCCUAAAAACUGGCACUUCUUCAGAUCCUGCCUACCCCACCUUUAAUGCUAGUUUUGCCGUAAUUCACAGAAUUGUGUUACAGUUAUUAAUUAGUUUUAAACCACCUCUCAUUCCACAGCAAUCUCGUGUGAUAGCAUUGUGCGCAUACAGAGACAUAAGUGGAAUGUUCACCACAGAAAAUAAAGUGAGCGGCUCUUUGAGUAAAGACGAUGCAGUUGUCAGGAGUCAGUCUGUAGCAGAGACCAUCAUUCAGGACCUCAGGUAAAAAAAAAUACAUCUAAAAAAAAUCCACAGUACACAACUGUGCACAUGACCAGUUUACAUACCGUCUUUUUUCAUCUAAAUAUGUGCAUAGCAACACAGUGGAUGAUGAAGAGGAAAUGCUGUAUGGAGACUCAAAUGCCGGCACGAUGCCUGCAAAGGAAGAAUUUAGCCGCAGCUCUGGAGGAACGAUUCCCUCUGGAAGUGAGGGAAUUGCCCACAAAGUGGAACCUAGCCACUGGUGCAUGAUCACUAGGGAGAAUGGUGUAAUGGAGGUAAUGGGACAUAAAAUAUAUCAACAGGAAUGCACUAUAUUUAAAGAGUGCUUUUUCUAAAACUUCAUUGAUUUCACUGUUUCAUAUUUACAUUUCAACAGAUUUACCAGCUUCCUGACUGGAGAUUAGUGUUCCUGGUGAAGAAUUUCCCAGUUGGUCAGAGAGUGCUGGUGGACAGUUCAUCUGGCCAAUCAGCAACCCAAGGGGAGGGGAAAAAAGAGGAAGUUACACGCCAAGGAGAGAUUCCAUUGGUCAAGGAGGUGGCUUUGGUUUCACUUGGAAAUAGUCAAAGCAGACCAUAUUUAUUGGUGAGUUCUAAUUUAGAGACAAUUCUUUCUGAUUUUACAGAUCUGUUUGUGCCUGUCCAUUUUAAGUCCAUAAUGGAAAUGUGACAGGGUGCUGGGGCACAAUUUUAUGUACAAUCCUAUUUGAAUUUGCUGAAAUAUAAACCAGUUCAACUUUUGCACUACUAUUAAAACUUAAUUGCGAGAAUCUAUUCCAACAUAUCUCUUUGAGACACCUCUGUCAAUAAAACCAAAGGGAAAUGGGAGGAGGAGCUUGGGGAUGUAAUACCUGAGGAAUCCUGGACUGAAACUCUGAAAAGAGUUAAUACAACUACUUCAUGUGCUAGGCUAGGUGUAAUUCAGUUUAAAGUUUUGCACCCACCUCUCCAGGUGUAGGCGGGCCUGAAUUUUCCCCAAGGUGGAUGAGAAUUGUGGCAGAUGUCAUGUUACUUCGGCAACACUAACACACAUGUUCUGGUUAUGCUCUUCCCUCUCAGAUUACUGGUCAGCAGUAUUCAGAAUUCUUUCACAAGCACUAUCUUUAAAUGUGCAACCUACUUUGCCAUCUUCGGUAAAGUUCUUUUUUUUAUGGGUUGCAAGAGUUGGAAGUUUCGUGAAGUGAACUAACAGUGUUUGAAAACUGGAAAUGAUAAUUAUAAAUUAUAUUUUGAUGUUUUUCAGGUCCAUGUGGAACACGAGCUCCUCAUUUAUGAAGCUUUCCCGUAUGAUCAGCAGCAGCCUCAGAACAACCUGAAAGUGCGCUUCAAAAAAGUGAGGACUCAGCCGGUUUCUGUCAUCCAGUCCAAAGAUCCUUUGAGCUCAAUCAAGUCCUGUUUAAAUGAAGUGUAUCUUUGCUGUUUAACUUUGCCCUACACAGGUGCCCCACAACAUUAACUUCAGAGAAAAGAAAUCAAAGCUGAAGAGAGAUAAGAAGGCUGAGAGCAAUGCUUCUGAUGACAGUUCAUCUGUGAAAAGUCGUAUUGCCAGAUUCAGAUACUUUGAGGACAUCUCUGGAUACUCAGGGGUAAUACAGUCAUACUUUGAAAUUCAUGUUAUAUCUGUAAUUUUGCUUUUAGUUAUUGACUGUUCAUUAUUUUAGUGUAAUUUUUUGCAUAUAAUUACACACCCCUCAACCACGUAAAUAACUAAGCACCCCACCUUGUCUUCAUAGGUGUUCAUCUGUGGACCAUCUCCUCACUGGAUGCUGGUCACCUCUCGGGGAGCCUUGAGGCUUCAUCCCAUGAGCAUUGAUGGCUCCAUUGAGUCUUUUUCCCCCUUUCACAACAUCAAUUGCCCAAAAGGAUUUCUCUACUUCAACAAACAGGUACUAAGAGUAUACAUCCUUAGGCAAAGACGGACUUUUAUGGUUGUUCAGUAUGCAGCCGAUGUAUACAAAAGAAAUUUUUGUUAGCACAGGCCUCAGUUUACAGAUCAGUGCAGCAAGGGGGAGGGGGCUAAUUCAUCGUCUGUGUGAUCAGAGAUGACAACUCGCUACUAUGAGUUUGCUGGUACUUAGCGCUAGUCACAGAGUUCAGUUUGGAGAUGCAGAAUAACGUUUUUUUUAUUUUUACAAAAAUUAUAAUACAGGAGAUUUACUGGAGAAUACUAAUAUGGGAAAACGUCAGGAAAGAGGGGUAAAAUAAUCCCAGCCAAAACAAGAUAUUUAAAAACUAUGUCCGUGAUCUUGAUGACAUUUGCUGCCCUUUACAGCCUGUACUCGAUUGGUUCCAAUGCCCUGAUCUAUUGUGAGCAUGCAUGGUGUCAUAACAGUGCGUCGCUAUUAGCAAGCUACAUUCCGAUUCGUGUGCAACUGCUGAGUCUUGAGCCGUGCACUGUACACACAGUCAGUGCGUGCUCCACACGAACAGACAGUGUGCACAGCUGAUAGAGGAGGCAAGAUGGAGAAGUUUCUAACAGGAAUGAAAAGAAAAACAGAGGAGGCAUCUGGGGCAGGGAAAGCAAAUGACUGUUACCAGAAUAAAAAGACCAGAAAGUACGACGAAACCUACACAGCCCUUGCGUUUACCAUGAAUAUGGUCAGAAAUUAGGAAAGACCAGUGUUUGUUUUAUGCCUAAAAACUCUAGCAGGGGACAGCAUGAAACCUAACAAAUUAAAACAUUACCUGGAGAACUUUUACCCCCCUUAUGUCACCAGCCACUUUUUAACUGAAAACUUGAUUAAUAUAACAAACAGUACGGUCAUUUUUUGAGCCCCAGCAUCAGUACACAAAAAAAAGCACUUUUUGCCUCAUGCAAAGUUGGCCACCACAUCACGCGGUGCAAAAAAACCCUCAUACAAUAGCAGAGGAGCUAAUACUUCAGGCCAUAUUGGACAUGGUCACAAUUGUGCUCAGUGAGAAAAGUCCUGAGACACUGAAAACUUUUUCCAAUUAACUUAAAAUUUAAGUUGGAGCGGAUGUUAUUUCAGCUGUUAUAAUCUAUUUUAAUAAUCGGGUGAUUGCAUGAUGUAGAAUGCUGGUGCCAGCAACUCAAACAGUGGAUUUAAUAAAAAUAUAUAAAAAAAAUACUAUUAGGUUCUCAAUAGUAUUUCAAUUAUACCUGUGUUGGUAGUAAAAAGAGAGGUGUGUGUAUAUAGAUUUGGAUAUAUAUAAUUAUUAUACAUAUUCAUAUUAUUACACAUAUGUAAAUAUGUACAGCAGGAGUUGUGAUUGAAUAGCAGCAAUAAAAAUCAAUAUAAAUAUGUGGCAGAAGUCCUGUGUAAGUCUAGAAGCAGUGAGUGUGUAUGAACUGCAGUGAAAUUUUAGGUAUCUAAACAUCUAAUGGCUUGGGGCACAAAGCUGUUACUGAAUCUGGUUGUUUUGCUUCGGAUGCUGCAGAACCUCUUUCCAGUAGAGGUGGAACGGUUCACAACAUCCAUGGUUCGGUCCGUAUCACGGUUUUGUGGUCACGGUUCUCGGUUCAGUUCUGUAUGCAUUGAUAAUUACAAAAAACAAUUACGUCUUGUACAGUAAACUGGAAGAAUGAGGCAGUCUGACAUUCGAUACAUCAUUGUGACAGUCUUAGGUUAAAGGUAGGUGAGAUUCUGGCAGUGCAAGAGAGGAGACAUAGUUCCAACAUGCUUUACAUUUAUUUGGCAAAGGAUAUCUCCAUCUAAAUAAAAAGUAAAAAUGGCUCUUACAGCUCUGACCCUUGAAUUAGUGCAUACAAAAGAAUUUAACUUUACUAUUUUACAAACCACAUUAUAUACCAUCAACAUAAAAUGAAGCAUAGGCUCCAUCAGCACUAGACUUAUGCCCUUUUAAAAUCAACACAAAAACAACAUAUUUCUUGUAACAUGGAACAUGUUUCAACUCCCUGAUUAUUAGUGGUUCAUGAAAAGCUCAGUAUUUUUCACUUGAAAUUGAAGUGCAGUGAAGUGUGGGAAAUACAAUCAAAGAAAAUAAGGCUGGAGUUUUUGUCAGACUUAAAGUGUCACUGUGUUAUCUAAAGUCUAAAUAAAAACCUGUCCUUAAUUUUGCUUCACUGUCAGUCAACCUUAAACCUGUCCCAAUCAGUGUGCUCAAAACAGUCCUGAAGUGCCUCCCCCCCUCAGACCGCACUCUUACCUGCCUCACUGUAGGUUUUCCUCUGAUGAGCAGGAGCUUGUAUGCAGGAAUUAGCUGAGCAGUUAGGUGGUCUGAUAAAUGAUAAAUGAUAGAAAUGAGAAAAGUAUGUGCACUUUUACAGGGACAUCAAAUAACUGACAAUAGACAGAUCUCAACAUUUACAGCAGUUAGCAUGUGUGUUUGCGGGUUGCAAUGCUCGUAAGAAAGCUAAGAUUAACUUUCAUCAUGCCCCCAAAGUCAUUUGUGUUCGAGAGCUGAUUAGCUCCUAUGUUACCUGCCACUUCUACUACACCGGCAAUGUUAGGCUACAAGUAAGCGUGAAGAACAGUGUGAAGAACAGUGUGCAGAGCAGCGGUCCUGUGUCCUUUAUGAGUCCAGAGGAGUGGGGAAUUGAUAAUUUUACGUCCCAUGCUUUAAACCCUGUAUCUGACAAGUUCACAUCCCAGAUUGUUUUUGUUAAAUUGUGUGUGUCAUGUCCUCUUGACCCGAGAGGAAAGGGACCAUCCAGAUUGUUAUCUGUGCAAAGCUGAAAAGCUGGCAUCUGUGAUGGUAUGGGGGAGGGUGUUAAUGCCCAUGGCAAAACUUGGGAAUCCUGUAAAGGCACAAUUAAUACUAAAAGGUCCAUACAGGUUUUGGAGCAAUAUAUACUGCCAUCCAAGCAACUCCUUUUCCAGGGUCGUCCCUACUUAUUUCAGCAAGACAAUGCCGAGCCACAUUCUGCGCAUGUUACAAUAGUGUAGCUUUACAUUUAAAGAGUGUGGGUACUUGACUGGCCUACAGUCAAGACCUGCCAUUGAAAAUGUGUCCUCAGUUCCCAAAGGCUAAUGGAGUGUAAUUAAAGGAAAGGUGAUGUAACACAGUGGUAAAUGUGCUCUUGUCUCAACUUUUGAAAGGUGUUGCAGGUAUCAAAUUCAAAGUGAGUGAAUAUGAAAAGUGAGUGAAAACAAAACCAAGUGGAUCAAUUUGAACAUUAAAUAUCUUGUCUCUGUAAUGUGUUCAACUGAAGACAGGUCGGAAAGGAUUUGCGAAUAGUUGUAUUUAGUUUUGAUUUGCAUUUUACAUAAUGUUUUACACAGUGAUAACAUGGCUCUGUAAACCCUUAAAGAGGUUAGUGUUACAAUGUACUUCAGCAGAUGCUUUUGUCCAAACUGAUGUACAUGAGAGAAAGUACAAGACAGAAGAAAACAACAUGAGUAAGUGCCAUUAGUUUUUUUUUAAGGUGCCAUUAAGGAAUGAUGGUGCCUGACUGUUGAGAACUUUGUAAGUCAGAAGCAGGAUUUCAAAUUCUGAACUACAUCUUAUGGAAAGCCAGUGUAGAGACGCUAAUACUUGAAAGAUGUGCUCUCUUUUCCUAGUUCUUGUCAGUGAUCUAGCUGUAGCAAUCAUGUGAAACCUUCAGAUGCAAUACACCGCUAGUGCUACACUUUGCUGGUAUGUGAUCCCCUGUUGUUUGCGAUCUGUUUUUACCAAAAGUCAUCUUGGGGGUUUUCUUGCAUUUUUGUGUACGACUACUGUCCUAAAUUCAAAGAUCCAUCAUCUGCAUUGCUCAGUCUUUUGUAUUGGUGACCCAAAUAAAAUUUUCUAUCCACCUUACACAGGUCUGCCGUUUCCAAGUAACAUGUCUAAGGAUAAAAUAAAUAAGUUCAACCAUAAGAGCCUAAAUGACAACAAAAAGGAUUUGCAAUUUACAUAACUAAAUACUGUAUUCAAAAUUUUUCAUAGCCUCAGAAACAAAGUAAACUGCCUUAAAAAAACUUUUUCACUUUCCCAGUAGCUGUCUAGAAUUUGGUUUAUCCAACAUUUCAGUUGUGUCUGUGUGCAUUUUUUCCACAGGGUGAGCUGAGAAUCAGCGUUCUGCCCACCUAUCUCUCCUAUGAUGCCCCCUGGCCAGUCCGCAAAAUCCCGCUGAGGUGCACCGUCCACUAUGUUUCCUACCACGUUGAAUCCAAGGUGAAGCGAUUUUUUAAAUCAGUCCAGACAGCCACAGAGGGGCUGAGACAGCAAAAUGAUACAAAUUCACGCUGUUAAACUCAUUUCCUUGACCAACUAACCUCUUCUUUGAAGCAAUGCAAAAAAGAAAGCAUAUCGAAUGGGCAGCUUUAAAAAAGUUUGAGAUGAAAGCUCUCUGGUCUUACAGGUUUCUUCUUACUCUAGGAGUGAAAAAUCAAAGUGGGCGACUGUGAAAUGUUAGGUUUUGCCUUCUGAUUUUGACUUCUUUCCUUUCCAGGUAUAUGCUGUUUGCACCAGUGUUAAAGAGCUCUGCACACGCAUCCCCAGGAUGACCGGAGAGGAGAAGGAGUUCGAAACCAUUGACAGAGGUCAAACAUGCACAUGUAGCAUGCAUGCUCGCACACACAGAGACACACACACUAUUUCAACUAUUUAAAAUUGGUUCUGACCGCUAUUUCAAACCUUUAAUCACCCCUGUGAGUUAACUAUUGCAGUUUGGGAAUUUAUUUGUUUUAUGACACAAAUAUGUUAUGACACUGUUUUUCAACCUGUAUAACCAUACAGAUGAACGUUACAUCAAUCCUCAGCAAGAGAAAUUCUCCAUCCAACUCAUCUCUCCAGUCAGCUGGGAGGCUAUUCCCAACACACGGUAAAGCCAUUUUCCUAGAACACAUUAUGAGCCUAUUAAUGACUAUAACUUUGCAAAUUGUGUUAGAUUUUGUUUUCUCACUUGUUUCUCUCUCUCAAAGUUUAUUUUGUUGUUUUUUUCCUUUUUUUUUUGUUAUAAGAGAAAAUAUUUCGAGAAUCAGUUGGUUAGAUAGAGAAUCUUGGGCCACAUUGUAGACAAUGUAUUUUCAUGAUUUUCUUUCAUUUCAGUGAGGGUAGAAAUAUAGGUGCAGUCAUUACUGACCCUCCAUUAUGUCUACCUGCACAUUUUGAAGUGUUUCUCUGUACAAGUGGACAUAUUUUUUUUUUAAUUCAGACCUUGGGCAACUCUGUAAAGCCAAAACCCACAGGAUACAUGUCUGUCGCAUUCCACCAGCAUAGUGGACUGCACAACUAUUAGGUUCCCAUUCCAGCCAUUGCUGCAUGUUACACAGGAAGUUUUGCAGCGCAUCUCCGGUCCAUCCCAGAAUUAUCUCUAAGUGCUUUUCCAGUAAAGAUACGCACCAAGUCUAUGUUCGGCGGCCCACGUGCCCAGCAUGCAUCAAGCUGAAAAGAAAUUGUCAUAGACAGGAUGUCGUCUGGUAAAUUCCACAAUAAAAUGUCAUAUGCUGACUCUUGACUUUUAAUCGGAUCGUAUUGAUCGUAAAAUCAGUGUAAUACUCCUUGGUUAUGGAUUUAUCACUAACACAGCACGACCUCAAGGACUAUCUCUAAUUCAUGUGGACCACAAUAAGCCUUUAGCUGCCAGCUGUGUCAGGUAUAGCACAACAAAGUAAAAUGUAGUUUACUAAACACAGUAAAAAUUUACAAUGCUUGUUUACAAACAGUAGGAGCAUGAUAGCCAUGGAAUAAUAUCCAAAAAGAAGGAAAUCAACCAAUGAAAGGCAAAGCAACCUGUUUUGAGUGUGUUUUUUUCUCUUCUGUGUACUGAGUCCAGCUGUUCCAGAUUGCGCUGCAUUGCUGCAACACUCCAAACACACUUCUAGUGGCUCAUAGCGUGUGUUGUUAGAGCUGGAAAGUGACGCUGACAGAACGCGACAAACACCCAUCCUGGGGGUUUCGGGCUUUAGUGAUGAGAAAAUCCUCUAAAAAUUUACUGCCUGAAAGCAUAUUUUGCAUUAUCUAUUUUAUCAGAAAACUGACCCAUCGUUCCCAAAAAGAACUUACUUUUAAGUUGAAAAGGAUUGAAACCGUCAAUGAUGACCACAGAUGUAUACAGUUUUGUUCAAAAUAAUCGCACUCUAACAUCAUUAACCAGAUCAAUUUCUGCUUUUUGGAGAAAUAAUUUCCACAAAGCAAAUAAUUUACUAGUAGGUGUGAUACAGUGAUAGAAAACUGACUGACCCAACAGUCGUGACAAGCAUAUGGCUGAUUCUGUGUAAUUGAAGCACUGAAUGAGAGAGGCAUGUUCAAAAUAAUAGCAGUGUGGCGUUCAGUUAGUGAGGUCAUACACUUUGUUACAAAAACAGUGUUCAACAAGUAAAUCUUAUUAAAUGAGGAAGGCAGCAAAUGCUGCAGUGCAUUUCUGAAAAUUUGAGUGAAAUAGGUUUUGCCAGGCAUUGUUCAGAAGAACAGCGUGCUUUGAUUAAAGGAUGAUUGGAGAAGGGAAAACUAGACAACAACGACCCAACACACCAAAAACAGAACAGCAACUUGAUUUCAGACCAACAAGAUUAAUGUUAUGGAGUAGCCAGCCCAACCCCCAUGCCUCAAUCCAACAGAAAAGUGAGCUUGGACUCUCUUUUUUUUUUUUUAACACACUGCUAUUAUGUUGAACUGCAAUCAUAUAGGGUCAUCUGGACUCAAACUGUGGAAUUGCUGCAACAAGAGAACAGAACAGAAAAAUAUUUCUGACUUACCUUUUUUUUUUUGCCUACAUGUUAUCAGGAAAAGUAAGCAUGUCGCCAUAGUCGUUAGUCAGUUAAGGAACAAUCGACAGCGGAAAACACCAGCUCAGAAGGCAUUGAUGCCAUUGGUAUGCAGAGAGGCUGGUGUACCAACCUUGCCGAUCCAGUAAAGCUCUGACUUUGCUCCAGUCUACCAGCUUUUUAUCUAUAUGGAAAUGCUCCAUAAAAGUACUCAAGCUGCUGUGUGUUUCUCCCCCAAAAGGAAAACCAUCACAAAGACAGCUGCAGCCUUCAGCGGAGCCCCUCAGCAACACCCUUAGCUAGUUGGUUUGCAUUUUAACAGGAUUUUAACCUAAAACACCUUCCUGAUAGUGCAGUAUAAUGUGAGAUCAUACAUUGUUUAUCUCUACGUAUUUAAAAAGCUUUAUUUUUCAGUGCCCUUCUGCUGGCCAAAAGGAAGAAAUAAUGCCUAAAGUUUAUGGCAAUGUGAAAACAAUAUGAGAUAGAAUAGUGUGUGGUCUAUACGUUUUUUUCUGAAGAAACACAGUCGCAGUAGACUCAGCAGUCAAAGGGGUGUUUGAGUGUGCUAAUACUUUACUUUGAGCCUUCUUUGUUCCUGUAAGGAUCGACCUGGAAGAGUGGGAGCAUGUGACCUGUAUGAAGACAGUGGCACUGAGGAGUCAGGAGACUGUGUCCGGACUGAAGGGCUAUGUUGCUGCAGGGACCUGCCUGAUGCAGGGGGAGGAGGUCACCUGCAGGGGCAGAGUGAGCAGCACACAACAAGGCCCUCGCAUUUCUUUUUGUAAAAAAGAGGAAAACAUUUACCCCUAAGAAAUGAGAACUAAAAUCUUUCUGGUUUACUUUUGGUGCUUGUUUUAAGAUUCUGAUCUUGGAUGUGAUUGAAGUGGUGCCAGAGCCUGGCCAGCCCCUUACCAAGAACAAGUUCAAAGUGCUGUAUGAGAAGGAGCAGAAAGGGCCUGUGACAGCCAUGUGUCAUUGCAAUGGAUACCUGGUGUCUGCGAUUGGACAGAAGGUCUGGACACUCACACUUAUAAAACUAUAUUGUGAAAUUGCAUAUCUGUAAUAGAAAUAUUAAGUCUGUGUCACUUUUAAUACUUUUUAUUUGAUAAUUCUUUUUGAAUACAUGAUACAAAAGGGUACAUCUUGUGGGCAGAAAAGGCAAAUUAUUCAGUGUUGCAUAUACAGUAAGUGUGGAAAAACAAUUUGACUUUAUCCUUGUUUCUGUAGAUUUUCUUGUGGGUCUUAAAGGACAACGACCUGACAGGAAUGGCCUUCAUUGACACUCAGCUCUAUAUUCACCAAAUGUUCAGCAUCAAGAAUUUUAUUCUCGCUGCUGAUCUGAUGAAAAGCAUCUCACUGCUUCGCUACCAAGAGGAAAGCAAGACGCUGUCACUCGUCAGCAGGGUAAAGGAGCAGCAAAAGCAGUUCAAUUACUGGUGGCAUUUUAUUGUUUCCUUUUAUGAUGGCAAUAGGCCCCUGGAUGUUGUAUUUGAGUGCUGAGGAACAUUCAAGGUAGUGUAGUCAUGAUCUGAAGAAGUGCCAGUUUUGGGAGAAAUCUCGAAUGUAAACACCACUCCUCCCAUCCAGUUUUCCCUUUAGCUCCUCCUCUCCCCUCCCUCUCUGCUCCAGCAAGACCCGCCCUCAAAUAGACGCUCCUGCUCACUCGUAUCGUUUAAAUCAAAUUCAGAUAUAAUGUGGAUAAAUACUUCAGAUGAUUACAAAUGGGGUCCAGUCAACAUGAAAGUAAAAAGCAUUGGUGCUACUGUAGAUGCUAACAGACUACCAGCAAACACAAUGUUUGCAGGACUUCUACAACUAGGAUAAAGUGACAUAGUCCAGGACCUGAGGUCAACAGUUUAGGGGCACUACAACACACAGCAGGUCUCGUUUGACAAGAAACACUUAUGUUGGAGACACUUUGCUUACUUUGUUAAAGCAGUUUACCUGUCCAGCAGAAAGGUUACAGGAUCCGCAAGAUCCGAAGCGUUCCCCAUCAUUUGAGCUAGCUUCAUUGAUGUUGGACCUGCUUUUUAGCUCUUGUCCGGUCUACCUCCGUUUUAGGUGCCUGUUAUUCCACCAGACUCUCCAGUAUUUACAGUUCUGGCCAAAGGAGGAUUCAGAAAAUUUUCCGUACUUUCUGGUUGCCCCUACUUUUCGAUUUUGUAGCACGCUCACUUUGUUUGGGCUCGUAAACAUUGUUUUGGACGUGAAGCGUGCCUCACAACAUGGGGGAAGGGCAUCUGCCUCACAACCAAUCAGCACUAAGGAGCAGCGUCCACCUCACAACCAAUCAGGUUGGGGGAGGCGUAGAAUGGCUUUGUUUACAGUCAAAAAGAGGGGGCCACUCAAAAAAUGUAAAAUGUUGACUACACAGACAUAACAAAACAGCGAUAUUGUUAUAUUACCAAAUGUCAUCAAUAACUAAUAACUAUUGCUUGAUAUUAAAAGCAUUUUUGUAUAUACAGCACAAAAAAGAUGCUUCUUUCAUGAAAUCCUGCCUACCCCACCUUUAGCAAGAGAGACUGCAUGUCUAUUUAUUAGGAUGUACAUGAAGGUAUUGACAAUAUGUCUCCUGUGAGCCUUUGGAUCGUAUUGUGUAAAUCUUGUAGAGAAUGUAAUUCACUAUCUUAUUGAUGUUAAACCUUUUUUUUUUUUUUAAUCAUUUAUUGUAACAGGAUGCUAAGCCCCUGGAAGUAUACAGCAUUGAGUUCAUGGUGGAUAACAACCAGCUUGGGUUCUUAGGUAAUACAAGUAAUUUUUAAGGAAAAAAAUAUGUAGCAUAAAAUAGCCUCUUGUCAUUAAUUUUUUUUCUUAAUCCUUUUUUAGUGUCAGAUCGAGACAAGAAUCUCUAUGUUUAUAUGUAUCUUCCCGAAGGUAUGUAAUAUUGCUCAAUCAGCAGAUUCCGACAUUUUGGACUGCAAAUGCACAUCCACUUACUGAGUGUGUUGUGUUGUGGUUGCAGCUAAAGAGAGCUUUGGAGGUAUGCGUCUCCUGAGACGGGCAGACUUCAAUGUCGGAGCAAACAUCAACACUUUCUGGAGGAUGCCUUGCAGAGGAGCCCUAGACUCUGGCAGCAAAAAGUCUCUGACCUGGGACAACAAGCACAUCACCUGGUUUGGUAAGUGACUGAGCUGAUUUAUGGAAUCCAGUGAUCACCAAUUGAUAAAUGCGACAUGAUCCCUUUCCACGUAUGUACUAGCCUGGCUGGGCCAUCCUGUUGCGUGAAUUCCUUCCCACAACAGUCUGGACUUCGGCCCAUUGGGAGCUUGUAUUCCCGGUCAGAAAAUAACCGGGCCAAUCCCUGUUGCAUUGCGGUGAGCUUGUGCUUAAACAGCAGGUGGACCUACUCGUGACUUACACAUUUGGCCAAGUUUGGUUGCUUUUUACUGCUCUCCUCAGUGGCCAGAAUGUUGAUUUACACCACUGUGUUUGUCUGGCUGCAAACAUCCUUAUUUUGUACAUGCUGUGGUGAUAUAAACCCAGCAGUCACCAUUAUGGAAGAAUUUUCUCCCUGUUGCUCUUGCACGCGUCAUAUACUUGCUCCCCUGCCAUCCAUUCAAAUGGAGUAGAUCAAACUGUGUGAGUGUGUCUGACCUGAAUUAUCCCCUGCUGUGAGGUCCAUGUGUCAAGUGAAAAUUCCUGAAAGUUUCAGAACCUUUAGGUACCCAAAUUUUCUAAAAGAAUUUCAGUUUAUGUAUUAAAAGGGUCAUCAAAGUGCAUUCAUGUCCUGCCAGAUCCUUCAUAAACAUAUUUCAUCCAAACAGUUGAUUUAACUAUUUUACUACCUGCUAGCACAGCCAGGCUCAAAAACUGCAUGCUGCAGUCUUCUCACUGAAGAUAAAAACAGCUCGCUGCAACCACAGAUCUUUAAAAAUUAGGACACUUCGUAUUGUGAGCUGUCCCGACCUAGUUUAGAAACUAAACAAGUACCUUUCCUAACAACUCAUAUCAAUUUCACUAAGAGCUUAUAGGAAGUUUUUAUAAACAUACAAAAGAUUAUUAUUCAUUGAACAUGUAUUUAGGAAAGGAUGUCUGUUGUCAGAUAAUAGAUGAAUUCACAUUGAUGCAAAGGAGGAAAAAAAAGCCUGUUCAUAAUCUGUUUCAACAGCAACUCUAGAUGGAGGAAUCGGCAUGCUCCUUCCCAUGCAGGAGAAGACUUAUCGCCGUCUUCUCAUGUUGCAGAAUGCUCUGAGCUCAAUGCUGCCUCAUCACGCUGGUCUAAACCCCAAGGCCUUCAGGUUUGCCUCCAUCUACCACAUAGUAUUGUUUAUACAUUGGAACACACUGUAUUAACCUGUAUUGUUGCCUGUUAUCUAAAUGAACAUAUCAUGUGAGCUUUUAUUUCUAGUCCUAAGAGGCAAGUUAGUGUCAGGUGUAGUUUCUGCAGUUUGGUAUCCCUAACCAGUUUAUAUACCGUUUCCAGGAUGCUGCAUAGUGACAGACGGAGCUUGCAGAAUGCAGUGAGAAACAUCCUGGAUGGAGAACUCCUCAACAAGUACUUGUACCUGAGCACAAUGGAGCGCAGUGAGCUGGCUAAAAAGAUUGGUACCACUCAGGACAUAGUAAGUGCAGAGACUGAAUGUUUUUUUUUUUCUGUCAGAUUUGCCUUUUAUCUGAUCUUCUAUUCAUCUGUAGAUCCUGGAUGACCUUUUGGAGAUCGACAGAGUCACAGCUCAUUUCUGAGAGGCACAUUUCCGAGCACUGUCAACCGGAAGUCGUUUUAUACGGACUGGAGAAAGAUGUUUUGCUAUGUUUUUGCAAACUGUAUUUGUUUUUUAGUUCAUACACCAAACAAAAAAAUGACAUUUCCUUCAGACAAAUUUGUACAAAAUAAAAAAACAGUGAAAGUGAUUGACAAAAGCCUUGUGUGUUAUUGAGGACAGCCGUUUUAUGAAAAGAAUGUAAAACAUUUUAUUGAUAUCAUGAGAUUGCUAUAACAACAUUGGAUAAGUCUAGCUUUUCUUUUCUUGUUGCUGGACUUAAUGUUAACUGUUGUACCAAUUACUGACACUAAACUAAAACAAAAAUGUAUGCUUAUUUUGACAUUUAUUUAUUGCCACCAUAAAAGUUUUGUUUCUUUUCCUUGAAGCACUGAAAUACAUUGUUCAAAGGCAACCCACUGUGAGAUGUAACACUGAAAAUUUUCAUUGUUAGCCCCAGGAGGGAUGCAGCUUUACAGUGUUCUUACAUUUUAUUUGGUAUAACUCAAACACUGAGACUCAGUUUAAAGUAUUGCUGGAGAUGCUGCAGCUACUACAGACAAAAUGUAUACGAUACAUUUUCCUGAACCCUGAACAGAAACUUCAGCUUAAAAUCAUUAAAAAAAAAAAACAUUCAAAACCAGUCGUAGUAGGAUAGCACUUUAAAAAACAGCCAUUAAAAUAUCAAAAUAUAUAAAAUCAUUAAUUUAAUGAAGAAAAAAAAAUACAACAAGGUGUUCAGUUUUGAGCUGCUGGGGUGGGUUUGGUGCUGUAAAAGUCCCGCAGCUCAAAACUGUCUCACUUAUGCAGUAAAGUCCACCACGAGAAAACAAAAUGAUUUGGUAUAGAGCGCCAACACUGGAACAGAACUAGAAUCUGCAGCUCUCUGUGUUGCUGCAGUAGUCAAAAGCUGUGGGACUGUAUUAACAGGCUUAAAAUAGUUCUUUCUUCCCUGACCUUUGUAAGAAAACCGUAAACUAUCUCAGAUACUCUAAUAUUUCUGCAUCCAAAGACGUUAAACCAAGGAAUGACAGCGUGCUCAGGAACCAACGGGUUAGACUCAUCGCUGCCAUCUCCCAUCUGUAAAAGAGUUGUCAAUAUUUCAAAACCAGAGCUUACAUCAGUUAGGUUUACACCUUCACAAACUCAGGAAACUUGUGUCUGCAUUUUAAUCAUAGACUGUAUAUAGAAUGGACGCAGUCUGCCUCCAACUGAAGCUGUACAUCAAGCAAAUAUGGGAAAGAAUUCCACCUUCAAAGCCUCAACAAUUAAUAAAGUUUAUGAGUUUGAACAUUAAAUAUCUUGUGUUCGUAGUGUAUCCAAUCGAGCAUAGGUUGAAAAGGAUUUGCAAAUCACUGUAUUCUGAUUUUACGUACGUUUAUCACAAUUUCCCAACUUCAAUGGAAUCGGGUUCUGUAUGCUUGAUUACUCUUCCUCUUGGAUGUAGAUGACGUAAUGGCUAUGGCACACUGAACCAAAAUUAAAUUGUAAAACUUAAUCUGAAUGUGCGACCUGAAACUGAAUUUUUGUUUUUCUAAUUUAAGGAAAAGAGAGGGUUUUAUUUUCAAAUAGGUUAAAUUCUAUUUUAAAUCAAUUAAAUUUACUCUCAAAAUAUUAAUUUCAAUUUCAAAUUGUGAUUUUCAAAUGAAAUACAACUAUUCAAUUUCAGUUUCUAGCGGCACAAAUUUCAGACCAUAUUUUUCUUGCACUCUUUGCAACCCAUCAACAUCUGUUUUAUAAAGUAUUUAUACAGCAUUUAUACCCUAACUCUUAUGGAACUGGGUUUAUAUCUACCUACAAUAUAUUUUUAGGUUCAGUACAGGAGUUGUACAAAUGUUAAGCAAGUACAAGACGUUGCUAAGUGAGUUUAUUUGGGAAAAUUUAGAGAACACAUAAUAAAGACAGACAGUAACCCAAAUAACUUUUUAUGAAGCACUGGAUGCCGAGGAGUAACUAAUAGAGAGAGGUUUACAAUAACUUUUACCUUAAAGCCAGCUCAAACUUCAAGCCUUCCCAUGUUGACCUGAUCCAGCUGAAAAUCCAGAGUCUUGUCAGCAUCCUGGUCCUCUCUGUCUGCAUUUUCCCCCAACCUCGCACCGCACUGAAUGAGAGCAGCUCACUUUAUAAUUGUGACUAGUCAACAGUUACAGAAGUAAAAAUGUCAACAUGCAGGCAAGAAACAGCUCUCUAUGAUCAGGCAUUAGGAGGUAACUUAAAAACUAACUAACCUCUUGGCCAUAACAAAGUAGCGAUCCACAGGUGCUCCCAGGGUAAUAUUAAUGCUUCGGACUGUGUUGAUGUUUCUGAAGACGAGUAGCAUAGGCCGUGGCAUUGCCUUCAACACCUGCAUGAUGCUUUCAAAGCGCUGUGUGGCCAUUUCACGCAUGUAAGCCGUCUCCUCACGACUGAGGAUGUUAGAAAGACCAAGCUCUCGCAUGUUAAUGGGUCGUUGCAGCAGCAUCUCAGAGAAGAGUAAAUAUUCUGAAGAUAAGACAUAGAGAUUAUGCUUGACACACAAGAAAAAGAAAUAUGAUCCAGUUUACACGUGUAAUUUAUAACACCUUGUGAUAGAUAGGGGGUAUUCAGCAUUUAUUGUUACACAACAACCAAAAUCAUUUACCUUUGACACCAAGUGCAUCGGAGUACUUCUGCAUUGCAGGCUCAUCUCUCAGGACUAUGGACCUCCACAGUUUACAAAGGGCAACUCUGUCACUAAGGGAAAAGGUCACAGUUACAGCUGAUUGCAGAGUUCUUUCAGAGGUUUUGUUGAACAGACUGCUCAAUCUUACUGUUGACUGAGGUAUUCAUACAAGCCGUGGUCCAAGAGCACCAACUCUGCCUUCUUAUCAGGACCUGGUCUCACAAGAACUGCAAAUAUGAAAAAUAUAUGGUAAAAGUGUGCAAACUACGUGUAAUUACUCUCGAACCCUUCUUAUGACCUCAAGUUUUGAGUGCCAUGGAAAUCCGCUGCAGUUAUCAACAUUAUGAAGAUCAUAUUGACACCUUCCUUUAACAUCAUAGGUUCACUUCCCUGAAAGUAUCUCUGUUAGGCUGUACUUUUGAGCAGUAUGGUGCUUCCACAGGUUUCUUACACUUUUUUAAUUUCCCUGUGCACUUCAGAGACUCUGAUUUAUUCUCUAUUUGAUUCUUUGGAAAUAUCACAGACCAUAUGUGACAUCACUUAAAGUUCCUGUGAAAAACGUAUAAUAUUUAAAAUAUCUGAUCAUUCUGUUAUUUGUAGUUUAAUUUAGAUCUUACUUCGGGACCGCUGAGAUUAACACAAUGGCCUCUCUAUAUGGCUUGUGUUUAACUGCAAAGCUAUGUUACUUGCAUAUCACUCUAGAAGAAGUGUAAAAUAUCAUCUCAUCUUCCUUGAAACUAAAUUAGUCUUGAUUUUGGCAACAAUGAAAACAAUGAGCAAACUUACUUUUUCUAAACAGUGUUGUUUUCUGAAAUUUGAGUUCUGUACCUCAAAAGACACUUGAGUGGAAAAACAGAUAAUUUUCGAUCUACUUAAAUGAAGUUACUGUUGCCCAUUCUGCAUGGGAAACCUGUUUAUACCAAAAGCCCACAAUCAUAAAGAUGUUAGGCAAAUGAUAUCUCAUAAUGCCCUCGAUGCUUAGUACAAGUAUGGUUAAGCCUAAAGGCCACAGGAUCCAGGUUGAGCGCGUUCUAUCAGCGUCAGGUGUCACGGAGCAAAUAGGUACCAGUUCUUAUCAAUGCUGCAAAUUACACAGGAAGUGUCUCAGCUCUGUCUCAGAAGCGUGUUGAUCACUGCUCUGCUAAAGAUACGCACCGAGUCUAUUUUCACAGCUCCCUGCUUCCAACACGCGUCGAUCUCCACAGAGAAGAUCAUCCAAGACAGGAUGUCAAGCACAGAAACCGCACAUGCCAUCCGGUAAAUUUCCAAAAUAAAACACCAUGUGCGGACUCCCUGACUGUUAAUCAAUUCGUGUAUAUGAGAAAUACUUCCUGGUUAUGGAUUGAUCAGGAACACAGAACAAUCCAAUGGCCAAUCCCUGAUCCAUGUGGACCCCAACAGGACUUUUAGCUGCUAACUCUGUCCGAAGGUUUAGUCAUCUAAGACUUAAGUUUAGCUCGUCAACGUCACAUCUUCGUUGUGGAAAAAAAGGGGCGUUGAUGAAAUAUUUUUGUCAACGAAAACAACCAGUGUUGUUUUUGUUGACGAAAUAUUUUUGGCAAUGUUAUCGGCAACGAAAAUAACACUGGCUUACAGAGAUGGGAGUGGAUCCUUGCUGUGUUUCCUGGAUCACAGAUUACCUGACAGGAAGGCCACAGUUUGUCAGGUUGGGAACUGUAUUUCUGGGACAUUAAUGAGCAGUACAGGGGCUCCACAAGGGACAGUGCUGGAGCCAUUCCUGUUCAUACUGUACACGUCAGACUUCAAAUACAGCACUGAGUCCUGCCACAUCCAGAAAUACUCAGAAGACACCGCUAUUGUGGCAUGUAUCAGAAAUGAACAAGAAGCUGAAUACAGAGAACUGAUAAGAGCCUUCAGUGACUGGAGUCACAAAAACUGCCUCCUCCUCAACACCUCAAAAACAAAGGAGAUGGUCAUAGACUUCUGCAGAUCCAAACCCUCUCUUCAGCCAGUGAACACCUGUGGAGUGGACAUCAAAGUGGUGACAUCAAAUAAAUACCUAGGUGUACAUCUGGAUAAUAAGAUGGAUUAGUCUAAGAACUGUAUUUGACACUGUGAUGAUGAUCAAAUAAACUAAACUAAACUAAACUAAACUAAACAUAGACUAUAACUACAAAAAGGGGCGGAGCCACCUCUUUUGCCUGAGAAGACUCUAAUCAAUAGACAUCUGUAGUAAGAUGCUGCAGAUGUUUUAUCAGUCUGCAGUGUCUACAGUGUUCUGUUCUACACUACAGUCUGCUGGGGAGAAAACAUCCAACACAAAGAUGCAAGACGUCUUAACAAACUGGUGAAAAAGGCUGGCUCUGUGGUUGGAUUCAAGCUGGACUCAGUGGAGGAUGUGGUGGAGAGAUCUACACUGAGGAAGGUGGAGACUAUUCUAAAGAACAUGGAUCACUUCACAACACCUUAAUGGACCAAAGGGCAAAUGGUGGUGGACGACUCCUC